ACCCCUCUAGUUCAGGCCUACGGUUCUGCAGGGGUGGGAACCAGGGUGCGGGUGCGGACUCGGUUUUUUGGCACUCGGACGGAAUCUAGGGUGCGUAGCGGGCUGGCUGUAGUUCCUGGGCGGAGAGCGCUGGUGUCUGGGUCUGUGCAGUCCGGGCUGUGGCCUAUCGAGUGAUUGAUUGCACAGGUCAGGUGCGGGCUGCGUUGUCUGAGAAUGCAAAUAGUUGGUCCUCCUUGACGUCACAGCACGUGGCGCAUGCGCACGCUUUUGCGCAGGUAGUGGUGUUUUUCCCUCUCAGGUAUGGCGGAAGCAGCAGCAACCGAAUAGAGCGAGCCUUCAGGUGGAAGGCGGCCUCUUCUGGAUAGCUACCAGUGUGCGGGUCCGUUCCCUUCCCUUUCCUCCUUUAAGCCAUUUUUGUUGAUUACCCAAGUUUUGUAAAACGUGUAGCAGAGUAUUAGGUAAAGGGUAAAACUCGCCUUUCAACGGUGUUUGGGUGCACAGUUCCGGGGUACCUUCUUUUUUUCGUGCAAAAGUUAAAAUACAUUUCCCAAGAGAGUCAGCACCAACCACAGGUAUACACACUCAGUGGAGUCUCGGGACUGUAAGACUGCAGGGCGAAACAUUAAGAACCGAGCCCUCCUAAGAAUCCAGUCCUCUGCAUCCUGAAGCCCCAAGCCACCCUGUUCCUCUAGACCAGUGAUUCUCAGUAUUCCAUAAAGCUGGGACCCUUUAAUAUAGUUCCUCAUGUUGCCGAGAACCCCAACCAUAAAACGUUUUCCAAGCUACUUCGUAAUCAAUUUUGUUACUGUUAGGAAUCGCAAUAUGGAAAUCUGAUGUACUGGGUAUCUAAUAUGUGACCCUCUCUUCAAGGGUUCUCGACCCACAGGUUGAGGACCGCUGCUGUAGGCAGCUGUGUGUAGGUGACUUCAGAUGUGGUGGAGAGGCUACUGCGGGGCUUUCUCACUGCUUCGUUGGUUAUGAGUCUCAAAUUCAAUCUUCCCACCCCUCUCUCAAGAGCAGGAGCAAUGGUGCUCCAUCUGGUGCCCAGAUGGUCUGCAAGGCUCUUCUGGGCAUCUUCAGGAUGGAGGAGGAUCUACACCCAGGGGUCUUCGGUGAGGUUGAAGAGGCUGGGUUACCCUCGGGGUGUGUACAGCCGCUUGGCUUGCAGAGCGUACUCCGCGGCCCCUGGCAGCCCAGAGGUGAUGCUGACCCCGGAGCGAUACCCGGUGCAACGGCUGCCGUUUUCUACUGUGUCUGAGGAGGACUUGGCUGCAUUUGAAUGCAUCAUACCUGGCAGAGUUAUCACAGAUCCAGAGCAACUGCAGGCAUGCAAUGUGGACUGGCUGAAGACCGUCCGGGGCUGUAGUAAGGUGUUGCUGAGACCCCAGACCUCAGAGGAAGUCUCCCAGAUUCUUAGGCAUUGCUAUAAGAGGAACUUGGCUGUGAACCCACAGGGUGGGAACACUGGCAUGGUCGGCGGCAGUGUCCCUGUCUUUGAUGAAGUCAUCCUGUCCACGGCCCUCAUGAAUCAAGUCAUCAGCUUUCACGAUGUAUCUGGAAUCCUGGUUUGCCAGGCAGGCUGUGUUCUGGAGGAGCUGAGCAGGUACGUGCAGGAGCGCGACUUCAUCAUGCCACUGGACUUGGGAGCGAAGGGCAGCUGCCACAUCGGGGGCAAUGUGGCCACAAAUGCUGGUGGCCUGAGAUUCCUGCGAUAUGGCUCUCUUCGAGGGACUGUCUUGGGCCUGGAAGUGGUACUCGCUGAUGGGACCAUCCUGAACUGCCUGACCUCUCUGAGGAAGGACAACACAGGCUAUGACCUGAAGCAGAUGUUCAUUGGGUCAGAGGGCACCCUGGGAGUCAUCACUGCUGUGUCCAUUGUGUGCCCACCCAGGCCCAAGGCUGUGAACGUGGCUUUCCUUGGCUGCCCUGGAUUUACUGAGGUCCUGCAGACCUUCCGCACCUGCAAGGGGAUGCUGGGUGAGAUCCUGUCUGCAUUUGAGUUUAUGGAUACCGAAUGCAUGCAGUUGGUUGGACAGCACCUUCAGCUGACCAACCCAGUACGAGAGAGUCCAUUCUACGUCCUGGUGGAGACCUCAGGCUCCAGUGCAGGACACGAUUCUGAGAAGCUGACCAAUGUCCUGGAGCAGGUGCUGAACUCUGGCCUGGUGACAGAUGGCACUAUGGCUACCGACCAGAGGAAAGUCCAGAUGCUGUGGGCCUUACGGGAAAGGAUCACAGAGGCGCUCAGUCGUGAUGGCUACGUGUUCAAGUAUGACUUAUCCCUCCCUGUGGAGCGGCUCUAUGACCUUGUGAUCGACCUACGUACCCGCCUUGGCCCUCGUGCCAAGCAUGUGGUGGGAUAUGGGCACCUGGGAGAUGGCAACCUUCACCUGAACGUGACAGCAGAGGCCUUUAGCCAGGAGUUGCUUGGUGCCUUGGAGCCUUAUGUGUAUGCCUGGACAGCGGAGCAGCGGGGCAGUGUCAGUGCCGAGCACGGCCUGGGCUUCAAGAAGAAGAAUGUCCUCGGCUAUAGCAAGCCACCUGUGGCUAUGAAGCUUAUGCAACAGCUCAAGGCCAUGCUGGACCCCAAAGGCAUCCUGAACCCCUAUAAGACUCUACCUGAUCAGGCCUAACUGGAGCUUUUCAGACCUAACUAGGACCUUGGGCAUGCAGGGUUGGUGGGCCCGGAGGCCUCCCAGCUGAUGGCACCUGCAAUAGACCAGGUUAUUGACACUCACCGGCUAGGCAGGAGCCAGCUCUGAGCACCUUCUGGGCAAGGCUGCCUUUCUGUGGGGGUGAACAGAGCAGAGAGAGCUGCCUGGCCCUUCUCUGGUCUCCUACCAGUUUGUUGUGGACAGAAUAAGUGGGCGGGCGGGUGGGCAGUUGCACCACUCCCAAACAGGCCAGAUCUCACCAGCUCUGUGGUGGCCUGUGGAGACCUGCUUUGUUGCAUCUAUGUAGCAGGUAAUUGUGGUCUCACUCAGCUCUGCCGACAGCCAGCUGUUCCAUGGAGCUGCGAUUGCUCCCCGAACCCCUUAUGGCUAGCUUUGCCAAGCUGCCACCAAUAACCGCCCCAGCAGAUAGAAAACACUAGACAGUUUUAUUAUCUUAGGACUAGACAGAUAACUCAGUGGCUGGGCGAGUAAUUUCCUGUUCUAAUCUUACCAGCUAGCUCCCUCAUCUUGUUUGCCCCCCUGUCUGAGGCAGAGGCUCUAAACUCUAGGGGCGCCAAGACCUACAUGUCUGCAGCUUGCUACUAGCUCCAAAGCCUGGUCCGAAUUCUUCUUUCUUUCUCUCUUCCCUCUGGGACCCAAAAGUUCUAUCUUUUUCCCCUUCACCUAACAAUUGGCUUCUGCCUCCUUUAUCGACACAAUCAAGAACCAAUUAGGGAAUCAAUACCUCUCUCAACACAUCUCUAGGAAGAGUGCCAUGUGGUCUCUGGGAUGGAUCUUUCUGGGUGGUUUUGCCAUGUGGCAAUGUACUCUGUGAGAACUUAAGCAGAGUUGCCCAGCCCCAGAGCAGUUACCACAAUGACCCAGAAUGCCACAACUCAUUCCCAUGGGGCUGAGUGGAAUUUGCUGUCAUAUCAAGCAGGCCUUGGAUUGGUAACUGUGGUCCACCUGACCAGGCCAUUUCCUUGGGUUUUGUUUGUUUUGAGACAGAGUCUCUCUACCUAGCCCUGACUGUUCUGGAACAGAUCGACCUUUAACUCACAGAGAUCCGCCAUGGCUCUGCCUUCGCUUCUGCCUCCCGAGAUUAAAGGCUAGUGCCACUCAACACCCAGCUUCCUUGUUCUUGAAGACCUGUCUGGUUGUUAAGCAGGUUGUGGAGGGCUGUGAUUGUCUGCAGAGCCUGACCUUUCUGGAUAUGGGAUAGUCUCCCAACUGAAUUGAUAGGGACAACUUUCAGUCAUGUGGGCUACACACUCUCCUCUAGGACUUGGUCCAUCUCAUGACCUGGCAGUCCAGAAGGUUGAAUACACCUACCGUAAUUUUUUGCUGCUAUCAGUUUUCGGAAAAAAACACUUGAAUUACAA